UGCCGAGAAAUCUGACGAUGACUUAGGGGGAAAGGGUGACAAAGCCACCUUCCUCUCAGCUCUGGAGAUGUGGACAGUGUACCUGGUGGUGUCUUGGGCAACAGAACACGUGUUGAGUUUACCGAGGCCAGAGAUGUUGUUCCAUCAUUCAGAGACCCAUCACUCAGAGGGUAAAGGCAAAGGAGGGGCUAUACUAAGUGGAGACACUAGGAGGUCUUCAAAAGACACAAAUUGUUAUCACCUUUUACACUAGAAAAGACCACCGAAGCACCAUACUUGUUUGAAUUUCUCAAAAAUUAAGUAUCAAUCCCUAUCACCAAUCAAAGGCAAAAGCUUUUAGGGUAUCUUUUUAAUUUAAUUAUAAAAUUCCUGCGAAAACCCCCGUGAAUUAUCUGCAGCCGUGAUUGGUCAAUUUCUUGCUCUGACUUCAUAAUGCCUCACUGUUAUGAAAGUGAGGACCGGUGAUGGAGGACCGGGUGCUGCGUGGCAUCAGCCCGGCCCUGCAGGAGCUGCUGGCAUGGCUGCUCUCUGUCGACACAUCGGGGACCAGUGCGGAGGACGCCAGGACCCACUCGUGGUUCGGCCCCAGCCAAGAAGCCGCCCAGGAGCACGAGGAGGGUGCCGUCACCCCACUGCAGCCCCUGGGCGUUCCCCGGGACCCGGAGGCCAGGGAGUACCUGGCGGGCCUCGGCCUGCUGCCAGGCACGGGGACUGAGUGGAGGCCAGGCCCUCAGCCCCAGGAUCCCGCGGCCCUGCCCAAGUCCUCGCAGAGCAGCAAGCGCCCCCCCAUAGAGGACUACUGCUUGGCUCUGGUGUCGAGGUUCCAUGACAGCAUGGCCGACGUUUCCUCCGCACAAAGCGACUCCUCUGAGGCCUCCAGCCAGCCACUGCAGGAGAGGAGCCCUGCUCCCAGCGCAGCCCCCGACUCCUCCGAGCCCUCCAGCCAGCUACCACAGGAGAGGAGCCCUGCUCCCAGCGCAGCCCCCGAGCCAGCCUCCAAGGCGUCACCCUCCAGCCCCAGUGCCAGGAGCCGUGUGGACCUCGCAGAGCCAGAAGCUGCUGCAGCUGCCCGUGAGCCUGAGGGGGCUGGGACCGCAGCCACCGCUGACACCACAGCCAGCGCCCAGGGCAAGAGGCAGGGCCGGCGCGGGGUCGGCAGGAGGAUCCUCCGGUUCCUGCUGAGGGCGUGCUGCAUCCUGCCGUCCCGAGGGAGCAGCUCUGGUCACUGCUGCUGCAGAAAAGCCCCCAAGUAGCCUCGCUCCGCCGCCGUCACCAGGAGCAAUGCGCAGGCUGAGCUCACUGAACGUUUUCCUUUUCUUGAGCAUUUGCAAAUGCUUCUCAU